AAGUAACGUCUUAGGAACUGAGAUCAGCCGGGAAGAUUACGAAGAGAACUCAAACGCGAUUUUGAGAAUGGCGGACCCUGAGAUUUCCCAAGCCGCACGCCGCUGCUACGACAGUCUCUCGAGUCUUGCCCAGGAGUUCGAAAAGAGCAGAAACACAUGGGAGCAUGAACUCACAGAAAGAGACUUCGCGCAACUGCUUGAAAGAUUCGAGCAAUGGGCUGGGAACCUGGGCGCUCUUCGACAGCCUAGCUCCAAGCUAUCGCUCGACCAUCGCCUACGCGAUAGUCCCACGGUCAGAGCCUCCAUUUUCAGCAUACUUGAGGACUUGAACGAGUCUGCCAAAAUGGCUACAGAGAUCGUCUCAGGCCGUCGACCUAACAGAGUCAUGCCGACAUUGGACAUUACUGAUGAAGAAUUGGAGGAAUUCGAUAUUUCCUCCAGCAGUUCUGAGUCAGGCGCAUCUACUACUUCGAACAGCACUCGGGAUAGUCGAAACGGCAAACCCUCGGAGAUACAGAAGCUUCUAUCAGCAAUCAGGACAAGCCUCAACAGCCUAUUCAAAGCUUCAGUAUUCAUCCGCAAAUUCGCGCCCGAGGACAGACGCCAACGAGCCUCCAAAACGAAGCCUUUCGUAAACACUGCUGAUUUGAUGUACAUCAAAGAUAAGUACAGUAUCCUCUGGGAAACCAACGAACCUCUGGCAAUACGUCUAGCGGAGGCAAAUGCUCGGCGGAGACAAUACUUCAAAUAUCGUCAGCAACAUCAAGAAAAGUUGGCUUCCCAACAAGAUGGCAUAAUCAUGGGCAGAAGAGACGCCCAUCUACAGGCCGAGCCCAAGCCAAUUGAUAGAGAACCCCUCCCACAAGGGUCAAUCGUGUCUGCUAUGACCAAGCCUAGCAUUCUAGCGGAGACUGAAGCCACGGAAUUCGUGAGAAACAAAGAACCAGAGACCCAAUUUUUCGCAUUUCAAAGUCCAGAGCCUGCCAUGUCGGUCUUCUCGAUGGCGACCACAGUUGUGGAAGCUUCUGAUGCAGAACUUCAAUUUCCGCCGAUACCUCAGGAGGGGCAGAAGAGCGAUUCGUUCUUGUGUCCGUAUUGCUUGGAAAUUGUUCUCUGGCAAACGAAGAACAAAGAAGUGCAAUGGCGGAAACACAUCAUCCAUGACUUGGAGCCAUACGUGUGCCUUGACCAGAACUGUACUUUGGAUACCUUUAAUUCGGCUCAUACCUGGUUUGAGCACGAGUUACUAGCCCAUCGUACGUUUUGGGAAUGUCCAUUGUGCGCUAAUACGGUUCAGAACUCCGAGGAUAUGCAAGAACACAUGCAUAACUAUCAUAAAAGCGAUGUAGUGGCCAGUCAGCUUUCGUCGCUUAUUAGCCAAUGCAAGCGACCAGCAAGGCAAAUUUUGGCCAGCGAAUGCCCAUUCUGUGACGACGAGUGGGCUAUCGUUGAGCCGCACGCCGGGUCGUCUACGCAGACUGACAUCAAGGACGAAAUUGAGAAUGCUGACGUUUAUGUCGAUGCAGAUUCAUUUCGAAAACAUGUCGGCCAUCAUCUUGUACAGCUUUCUCUCUUUUCUCUCCCACGACUUUACUCAGGUGAAGUCGGAGAUUUGAACAGUGCAGGCGCUGUCCCGGAUGGUGAGAGAUAUUCCCAAGAGGGUACUCCGUUUCGACUAGGCCAAGAUCAUUUAUCGCGUGGCUGGCAAGUCCUGAUCAAGAGAAUGGGCACACUGGCUGCCAUCUCUCUAUUCUUCGUUUUACAAGACAAGCAAAGGCGUGGCAAUGUUUAUCCCGAUGAGCUGGCUAUCGUCACUUUCGAAUCAUUACCGCCCAGCCACAAAGACAGAGGAGAUGGAUGGUUCAUUGUCCAUAAUCCUGCUAUCCCGAAGAUGUUUGACUUCACCCUCCUACGCACGGGUCAAUUGGAUGACACAGAUACCGCUGUGUGUUUUAGUCUGCAAGGACAUUACGUCGGAAUAUGCAGCGGUCGUAUAUUUCAAGUUCUAAAUAUUGAAAGCGAAGAACCCAUUUGCAGCCUGCACUCUGAAGAGAUAGUAGGGCUGAUCGUUGAGGUGGAUUAUGAAGAUAUGUUUUACAGGGACGCCUGUUUUCAUCCGAACGGCAAUUUGUUCAUUACAUGCUCAGAGGAUAAACUGAUCCGGGUAUUUGACAUCGAGUCCCGAAGUGUCAUCCAAACGCUUGGCGGACAUGAGAAAGGUGUCUACAAGGUAAACAUGUCAAAAAAUGGCAAGCUUCUUGCUUCUGGGAGUGCAGAUUGCACGGUUCGACUCUGGAGCACCACUACCUGGGAGUGUUUGCACCUUGUUCAGUUACCAAAAGUUGUUAUAGGGUUGGCAUUUUCGAACCAAAGUGACUUUCUCGUUGCUUCCACUCUCGAAGAUUUCGCGCGAGUAUGGAAAACGGACACGGCAAUAAACGUUGAAGAACCUUUGGAACAAGGCCAGACCCAAGCCAACACUUGGACGUGCUACGGCCAUUCGGACUCUAUUUAUGAUGUUCGAUUCUCUUCUGACGACAAAUACAUGAUUACAGCAUCUUAUGAUAAAUGUGCGAAGGCUUUUUCGGCUGUAAGCCAACAACGCGACGACUCGUCAAAGUCCCUGAAAUGUCUGAGAACAUUAGAGGGCCACUUGGGCCCUGUAAUGGGCGUAGAAGUUACGUCCAAUGGGUGGGCUUUGACCACCAGCACGGAUAGGAGUGUGCGAUUCUGGGACAUAGAAACCGGCAGAUCAAUUGCCAGACUGAACGUCCAUAUGGGUUCCAUGAUGUCAACGGCUGUAGGACCAAGCAGGGAGACUGGCUUUAUGUUUGCUACCGCUGGAAGCGAUUAUGAAUGGCGCUUAUGGUCUGUUUCUCUCACUAGGCCUAGAGAUUCGAUGUUAGAGGGGUAAACUUGUAGACUCUAGGCCUAGACUAUGAAGUUCUUGGAUGCCUCUCUCCAGUGCAUCAUCAUCUAUUACCUAUGUACCA